AUGCCGACUCCAAUUGUAGAUUCGCACAUUCACCUCUUCCCAGCCUCUCAUCUACCAACAUUGGCCUGGUACAGCCCUGACAGUCCCCUCGGGGCGCAACACAGUGUCGACGAGUACCGACACGCAUCAUCUUCCAUUUCUACUGAGAGCGACAGUGCCGAAUCAAAAUAUCUACGUGGCUUUAUCUUCCUUGAGACAGAUCGCAUUUCAUCCGUGGCAGAUGAUCAGCCAGAUAGCCCGGGAUGGAUGCAUGCUCUGGAUGAGGUGUCCUUCUUGACACGCAUUGCGCUGGGAGAACCAGUUUCUGGGGAAGGCCAUGACGCGACUCAUAAAGACCUGUGUCUUGGAAUUAUUCCCUGGGCGCCGGUUCCAGGGGGACCCGAGGCUCUCACCUCAUAUAUGACCAAGGUCAAGGAGCGGACACAAACGGAAGAAAUUUGGCGCAAGGUGCGAGGAGUGAGAUACUUGGUUCAGGACAAGCCAGCUGGAGUGAUGCUUCAGCCGCAGUUUGUGGAAGGUUUGCGCUGGCUAGGAGAGCAAAGCCUGGUCUUUGAUCUCGGGGUUGACGCCAGACAAGGUGGAUUGCAUCAAUUGCGUGAAGCAGUGGAAAUGAUGGAUAGGCUGGGAGAUGCCAGUGUGACAAUCAUUAUAAAUCAUCUUUGCAAGCCCAAUCUACGACUUUCGCCUGAAUCCGUCUCAUCUCACCACGAGUUCCUAGAGUGGAAAGAAUUGAUUACGAAAAUGGCUGAGUCGAGCUCAAGGACCUACAUGAAGCUCUCGGGCGCAUUUUCAGAGCUUCCCCCACUGGACUCCGAAUCCGAACCUGAUAUCUCCAACCUCAUCGAUCGCAUCCAACCUUGGACAGACGUGGUGUUCGACGCGUUUGGAGCCGAGCGAGUCAUGUUCGGGUCGGAUUGGCCCGUGUGCAAUAUUGGCGGUGGAGGCAAUAAUGUUUCGUGGAAUCGGUGGAUAAAGAUUGUAGAGGGAAUCUUAGAGAAAAGAGGAUUGACCGAGGAGCAGAAACAGGGUGUUUGGGGCCAAGUCGCGGUGAGGGCGUACGAUCAAAAUGCCGAACACUGCAGCACCUCCCGCGCUGCUGCCCCCUCCUCCAAUCAGGGACUCGGCAGCCUUGAUAAAGAACAAAGCCCGGGGGAGUACUCGUCCGGGAUUGAUUCGGAUAGCGAGCUUGUUGGCCCCAAUGGCUCGCGAGCUUUGAAACGAAAACGGCCCCUCACCGUCUCAUGUGAACUAUGCAAGCAGAGAAAGGUCAAGUGCGAUCGAGUCCAGCCCAGCUGUGGCUGGUGUACUCGCAAUGGUCAGAUGUGUGAGUACAAGGAGCGAAAGAAGCCUGGCCUGCGGGCUGGGUAUGGCAAGGAAUUGGAGCAGCGGCUUGACAGAUUGGAGGAGAUCAUUCAGGCGCAAGCCCGUCUUAUUGAGAUGCAUGUCCUGCAGAGCCAGCCUUCAAUGGGUCGUGAGAUGACCCAAGCUGGCUCACUCUCUUAUAGCUCUCCUUCGGAACCCUCGGCAGUCCAUGGUCCCAGUCCCCGCACGGCACUUUACUUUAACGACCCUGCUUCUUCGGUAAACCUACCCUCUCGCCGAGCAGAUGUCUCUAUCACAAGUCCGUCGGAGACUUCGGUCAAGAACUUGGUUCAAAAUAGCCUUCAAAAUGGAGGAUCAGCACCUUCGAUGAGCUCGUUGCCCUCUAUUCCUAACGCACAAACAAAUAAUGACUACACUGGGAACGAAUCCUCAUUGAAAGUCCCCGUCAGUCUUUUUGGCAACCAGGAGCAGUCAUUGGCAGAUCCUGACUUGGAUCUUCCGCCUUAUGAUCUGCUGUACGCGUUGGUUGAUCUCUAUUUCGAGCACAUCAAUUCCUGGUGCCCAAUUCUUCAUCGUCGGUCGACAUUGGACACUUUCUUCGGCCCGUCCCCGCUGGAAGAGGCAGAUCGGAUGGUUCUGUAUGCCAUCGUAGCAACAACCUUGCGCUUCUCUUCCGAUGCCCGACUCAACGAUUUGAAUCGAAAGCGUUACCACGACUCUUCUAAACAGAAAGUUCUCCUCUACGGUUUGGAGAACUCAUCUGUGAAAGCUCUACAAGCCCUCGUCAUAUUGGCAAUAGAUUUGGUUGGAUCAUCCAACGGUCCCCCGGGUUGGAAGUUGCUUGCUCUGAUCACUCGAUCUGUCGUCCAACUGGGAUUGGCUGUAGAGUCCAAAUCAUCUCUCAUCGCUCCAGUGUAUCCCUCCAUCUACACAUUGAGAGCGGUGACACUCUCAGAGCCUGACUCUUGGAUCGAGGAUGAAAGCAGACGACGCUUAUUCUGGAUGGUAUACUUGUUGGACCGGUAUUCAACAAUCGCCACUGCUUUCAAUUUUGCCCUUGACGACAAGGACAUCGACCGCAAGCUACCCUGCAAGGAAGAGUUUUUCAUGAAGAACCAGCCCGUCGAGACGCGACGAUUCCAUUGUUCCAGUGAUCGAGCCGAUUAUCUCAGCCAUGCAGAGAAUGUGGGAUCCUUCGGACUAUAUAUGGAGAUCCUGGGCAUUCUGUCUCGCAUUCACCUGUUUUUGAAGCGACCUGUUGAUAUUGGGUCGCUUUCCGAUGUUGAGGAAUGGCAGGCCACAUACCGCAAGCUUGACAGUGAGCUCACAUCAUGGGAGUUCAACCUGCCUGUCGAGUAUGCGUAUGAGAAUUCGUCCAGGCUCUUCGCCGCAGGAAAACAGAGCCGAUCUCUCCAUAGCGACUGGGUGCAGCUCCAUGCCACCUAUCAAACAGCCGUGAUCCGCCUGCAUUCAUCUGCCGCGUACCCAACUACUCGAUCACCCAUCUUCACCCCGUCAUACAGUGCCAGCCAACGGUGUCUACUAGCAGUCGACAACAUCCUCUCCGUAACACGAUUCGUCGUCGAAAACAACAUGCUCGACAAGCUCGGACCCCCCUUCGCCUUCACCCUCUGGGUCUCAGCCCGACUCCUCCUCGUCCACGGCUCCACAAUCGCCCACACCGUCAGCCACGACAUCCUCUUCUUCGUCGACACCCUCGCCCACCUAGGCCAAUACUGGAAAGUCGCCGAACGCUAUAGCAACAUCCUCCAGCGCGUCCUCGACGAAUACGGCGAAUACCAACAAUCCGCCGCAACAGAUGGCGAACGCUCAACACCCUCCACAGUCAAAAUCCUAGCCGACAUGCGCCGCUGUGCCUUUGACCUCGACUUCCUGAUUUCCCGUCAACCCCGUGAAUCUCCAUCAUCCAUGAGCAACGGCGGAAAUGACGCAACGCGUCCUUCCAACUCGACUAUUCCCCCGCGGAACCUGGCGCCGAAUGAACUCGAGUACCUCGAUGUCUUUGGGUUCUUUAAUGUUCCGCGUGUACCGCCUGCUCGCGCGCCGGAUCCUAAUUCGGCUAAUCCUGGUCAUCUGGAUAUGUCUGAGUCUGUGCCAAAUCCAAUGUCUAUUCAUGGACUUACGGGUACGGGACCUGUUGUUGAUGGGAAUGGUAAUACGAAUACGAAUGAGUUUAAUAUCACGAAUUAUCUGAUUCCCACGCCGGAGACAGAUUGGUUGUUCCGGCCUGGUGGAUGA